AUGGGCGAUAGCGAUGAUGAUUUUGACAGUCGACGAAAUCGUGAUAAAUUUCGUCGUGAACGUGAUGAUUUUAGUGGAAAUCGAGGACAUAAUAAUCGUAAUAGUGGAGAAUGGAAUGAUGGAAGAGAUCGAUCAAAUCAGUUUCGACGACAAUAUCCCGGUGGUCUAUUACCUGGACGUGAUUUUCAACCAAGAUACAACCGAAGUCCUGCUAGAUAUGAUAUGAGUCCACCACAAAAUAAGCGUCUUCGACGCGAUUGGGAUAAUUCUGAUCAACCACCAUCUCAUUUUGAUCCAACUGUUGGUUCAACAUAUCUUCCUAGUGGAGGAGGUUUUCAUCCGAAUUUACCAUCAAAUAUUCAACCGACUACGGAUCAAUUGAAUAAAGAAUCAUCCGAUGCUACAACACAACCACCAUUGCUUAGUUUUAAAAAUUUUCUUCUCGAUCAAGAUGAUAAUAUCGAUCAAGAAGAAGCUGUUAAACGUUAUAAUGAUUAUAAAACAGGCUUUAAAAAAACUCAGAUAGCUGAAUUUUUUAAAGCACAUAAAAAUGAAGAAUGGUUUAAAUAUAAAUAUCAUCCUGAUGAAUAUCCAAAACGUCGUCAAGAACAAAAAGAAAUAAUUAAAAGACGUUUAGAAAUUUUUAUGGAUCUUUACAAUAAAGGAUAUCUGAAUAAUGUUAGUGUUGAUAUUGAUAAUCAACAUGCACUUACAAGAUUUCUUGAUGCUGCUGUCAUCAAAAUGGAAGAUGGAAGUGAUCAAGAUCUUCGUGUGCUCGAUGUUAUUGGAUCAUCAAAUAAUACAAGUGAUGAAAAUCUAUCUAAACAAUCAUCAGAGAAAAUAGAUAAUAAAACAAAUAAUGAUGAAACCAAUUCGAAGAAACCAUCUGACAAUAAAAGAAAACGUGAAGAUAGUAAAUCUGAUGAUGGAACAGUAUCUGAUGGUGAUAAUGGAUCAUCGAUUCCUGAAUCAAAAGAUAAAAAUGAAAUAAAAUCAUCUUUACAAGAUAAUGAACAAGAAGCUGGUGAAGUACCUGAUGCACCACGAUUAUUACAUCGAACAUCAUCAAUAUUCUUUCGUCAUUUACCUAUGCAAACAACAAAAGAGGAUCUUGAAAAUAUUUGUAAACAAUAUGCUGGCUUUCGUCGUGUUUGUAUAACUGAUCCUGCACCUGAACGAAAAUUUUCUCGUCGUGCUUGGGUUACUUUCGAUCAUUCGGUUCAAAUACGAAAUAUUUGUUAUGAACUUAAUCUUACUAAAUUACAUGAUGUUGAUAUGGGUGCUAUAAUAAAUCGUGAACUUAAAAAUCGUGUUCGUACAAUUAAUGGUAUUGGACAUCAUAAAACUGUUGUACGUAAUGAUAUUCGACUUAUAACAAAAAUCAUCAACCAAUUAGAUGAACGAUGGAAAAUUUGGGAAUCGAAUGAAAAUGAUCAUAAUGAAAAAAAGACUACAAUAAGAACUUCAUCAAUAACUGAUGAUAGUGAAAUUUCAUCUUCAACAAUGAAUACAUCAUUAACUCAAAAUAAAAAUCCUAUUGGUUUUGUUAGUUAUAAUCCAUUAUUAAAAAAUAUAACUGAAUAUCUUGUUGAAGAAUGUGAUGCAGAAGAAGAAGAAUUACUUGGUGAUACAUCAACAACUAAUCAAAAUAAUUCAAAUACAUUUGAAAUUGAUAAAGAGUUAACUAAAGUAUUAGAUCGUUUAAUUUUAUAUUUACGUGUUGUUCAUUCAGUUGAUUAUUAUAAUGGUACUGAAUAUCCUCAAGAGGAUUCAAUGCCAAAUCGUUGUGGUGUGAUACAUGUGCGUGGUGCACCAUUAUCUUCAAUAACACAUAGUGAAUUGGCAAAUUUUAUGCAACAAUUUGAAACACGUCUUAAAACAUAUAUUGAUUUUCAUGAAAAAUUAAAUGUUGAUGAAGCUUUGAAAUUAGGUACAAAAAAUGAAGACAAUGAAAUAGAAAAAUUUAUUAAUGCAAAUUGUCAAGAAAUUGGUAAAGAUAAAUGGUCAUGUCCAUUAAGUGGAAAGAAAUUUAAAGGUCCAGAAUUUGUUCGUAAACAUAUUUUAAAUAAACAUCAAGAUAAAAUUGAUGAAGUUAAAAAAGAAGUCAUUUAUUUUAAUAAUUAUUUAUAUGAUCCAAAACGACCACAAUUACCAGAACAUCCAUCAAAUAGACCUGGAGCAACACCAAUGGGACCAAAUGCAUCUGGCUUACCAUUACCGACACCAAUGGCCGCUCAACCAUUACUUACACGUACUCCCAUAUGGCCUUCUAUGUCUGUACCUCCUCAUUCUGGUCCGCCAGGUUAUUAUCCGAAUCAAUUUCAUCAAGUUCGUCAUCCAAGACCACCAUUUAUGUAUCAAGGCGUCGGUGGACCUCCCAGUGGUCCAUUUCAUCGACCAACAAGUAAUCGACCACUGAGAAGUUAUGAAGAUCUUGAUGCACCGAAUGAAAUGUAA